AUGGCUGCUGUUCAAGCCGUGCUCUCUGCCCUUGAUGUCUUCAGCCGAGCUCCAGAUAAGGCUGCUCUCGACCAAGCCAACACCUGGCUUCAAGAUUUCCAGCAUUCCCGCGAUGCAUGGUCGACUUGCAACGUUUUGCUGCUCUCUCCGGAUGCGCCAGCAGCUGCCAAACUCUUUGCAGCACAGACAUUCCGAACAAAAGUAACCUAUGAUCUCCAUGAAAUGGACCCGGCGGACAUUUUUCGCCUCCGCGACACUCUUGUCACGGCACUCCAAACCUUUCAUACUGGUCCGCGGACGAUCAUGGUGCAACUAUGCUUGGCACUUUCUGGGCUUGCGUUGCAGCUGCCGGCAUGGGAAGACCCUGUGCAAAACAUGAUCGACACCUUUGGGCGGGCUCCUGCUUCAGUCCCAGCCCUGCUUCAGUUUCUUACAGUUCUCCCGGAGGAACUCUACACGAACACUAAGAUACCUGUGACGGAUGAUGAGUACAAAGAAAGGGCCAACAAAUUGUUGACCGCGAACGCUUCGAAAGUGGUGGAGCUAUUGUCGAUGUAUCUCCAGGCGACGGGUGUCACGCCUGCCAUUCAGGUGCAGGUCUUCAACUGCCUCAGCAGCUGGUUGAUUGCUGGCGAGAUCCAGGCCAUGUCGCUAGUGAAUUCGCCCUUGCUGCCCUUCUCGUUCAACGCACUGGAGUCGGAUGAGUUAUUUGAUGUAGCGGUCACGGCGAUAUGCAACCUCAUUCAUGAGACACAAGAGGUCGAGGAUAGCAUGCCCGUGAUUGAGCUAAUCGUGCCGAGGGUCAUUGCGAUGAGGCCAAAAUUGGCUGAGCAUGCUUCCGAUCCUGACCAGAUUCGAGGAUAUGCUCGCAUCUUUGCGGAAGCAGGGGAGACAUACCGCGGCCUCAUUCUCAACCACCCGGAGACCUUUUUCCCGAUCGUCGAAGCCAUCGGAGAGUGCGCAGCCUAUCCUGACCUCGACAUUGUCCCAAUCACGUUUCACUUCUGGAUGCGCCUUGCGCAGGCUCUCGGGAAGAAGCCGUCGGUCCCUCCACCUUUCCUGGAUGCAUACAAGUCACUUGUAGGCAUCAUCAUCUCGCAUCUACACUUUCCAGAGGAUAGUGGCUCGUUGACGGGCCAGGAGGCGGAGAACUUCCGUUCUUUCAGACAUGUGAUGGGUGACACACUAAAAGAUUGCUGCUACGUCCUUGGAUCCGAUCUAUGCCUGCUCGCCGCAUACGACAUGAUCACUGCGGCUCUGUCGCAAGGCCCAUCCAUGUCAUGGCAGAAAAUUGAAGCGCCUCUGUUCGCCAUGCGCUCUAUGGGCGCAGAGGUUGACCCGCUGGACGACAGAGCAGUCCCAAAAAUCAUGGACUUGAUACCAUCCCUACCCUCGCACCCCAGAGUGCGAUAUGCCGCCCUUCUCAUCAUCUCUCGUUACACGGAAUGGAUCAACAGACACCCGAGUUACAUACCCUUCCAGCUGCAGUACAUUUCUGGUGGUUUUGAGGAUGCCGACACGGAGGUCAAUGCCGCAGCCGGUCAGGCCCUCAAAUACUUGUGCCAGGACUGCAAACGACACUUGGUAGAUUUCCUGCCCCAGCUGCACACGUUUUUGGGCUCGAUGGGCUCGAAAUUGGCACAGGAUGACAAGAUCCAGGUCUAUGAAGCUAUCGCGCACGUUAUUUCCGCCAUGCCCAUGGAACAGGCGGCCCAAUCUCUGCGUACCUUCUCUCUGGAUAUCCUAGCUCAAGUGCAUGCGCUUGCGAUCAAGCCAACCGUAGCGACCAAAGAAGAGUUGCUCAACAUUACCCACGGGCUGGAAAACCUGGAAGUGAUGCUGGGUGUCAUCGAGAGUUUUGGCGAGGAACUACCCGCCGCCUGCCGGAAUAGUGCCCAAGAAGCGUGGACGUUUUUCGACCCUUUCAUCGCGAAGUACGGAUUGGACUACCAGAUCUGUGAACGCAUGACCCGUGUCCUGAGGCUUGGUCUUGGCUUCUUCGGAUCCACUGUCCGACCGAUACUUCCGGCGGUGCUGACAAGGAUGUCGACUGCUUUCGAAGCCACUGGUUUCUCCAGUUAUCUCUGGAUCAUUGGCAAGAUUGUAGGCCGGUUCGGGAAUGACAACGAUCCCACGCUGCGUGUUGCCUUUAAGAAUACCUACGAGAGGACAUCGAAUAAGCUUGUUCAACUUCUUCAGGAAAAGGCACCUGCGAGCAUACCAGACGUGAUCGAAGACUAUCUGCAAAUGCUUUUGCAGAUGGUUGAAUACACACCUGAUGUCUUUUUCCCCUCCCCGGCAUUCCCUAUUGCCUUCCGAGCCGCGAUGUUAGCGCUUACCGUUGUGCACACUGACAUUAUAUUUGCAGCUCUGGAUCUAAUUCGCAACGUGAUCACACAUGAAUGUCUAUCUCCGCCGUCGACCGCACCUCCUCCCCCCAAAUUCCCCUUGUACGCCGCGGCGAUCCGACCGGUUAUACAGAAGGAGGGGCUAGAAUUGACCGGGUACUUGCUAACCGGGCUGGUAGGCGACUUCCCUGAGGAGUCGCCUCCUGUUGUGGUGACUAUCUUCCGCGUGCUCGCCGCGCUCUGGCCGACGGAGCUGCUGUCGUGGCUGUCCGCAGUCCUGCAACAAGUUCCGUCGACCGCUGUCCCCGACCAGACUAAGGUGCAAUUCAUUGCAGACAUGGAUGGCGCGGUACAGUCAGCGGAGUACGAUCGGGUGAAGCGUGCGAUCCUGUCGCUUCAUCGGGCCUCGCGCAAAGCGCGUGACAGACGGAGAGUUGCGGCGUUGGAUAUGUGA